CAGCUGCUGGAGUUGAGGACACACAACUAUCAGCAGUCCGAUGAUCUGAGGAAGAACUCGGCUGAGCUGAGCGCCUUGCGUCACAAGAAUGUGGUGCUGGAAAGAGAUUUUGCUAAAGCGCAGAAGGCUCUGAGUAAGAGCAAACGAGCGCAGGUGAGUGUUCGUCUGUUACCGUGGUUACCAGAGCUCACACUUAUAAACAGCCCCCUCUAGUGCUUGACCAUAGUCUUAGGCUGAAUCCCAAUUCUACCCCUAAGCCCUUCCUCUUCAUCUUACCUCUUCCUCUACCCCUUAAAACCGAGGGCCAAGGGGAAGAAGCCACUAACAAAUGGCGCACCACUUGAUUGUCAUUACGUCAUCACCCUUCACCGCUUGCUGGCUGUGACAUAAGCAGAUGAGAUCAUGAAACUGCUCAUAGUAAAUGUUUCCUACCAUAUGGUAAGGUUCAUACAUUUCUAUAUUAUUUCAGUGUUAUCUUAUCUUAUCAACUAUUAUUUCAAAGUUUAAAAACAUCUGUUUUGGCCUCAGUCUCCUGCUGUUGUUGACUUUCUCCCUCAGAUUCUUUUGUAAGAAAGUCCAGAAUGGCAUUUUGUUGCAUUUUACUUUUCCAUAUUGGGAUUGAGUGGUCCUGGAGUGCUGUGUAAUGUAGCUGAGGGCAGACGGUGAUUUGCUGCAUUACAAUGGUCAUUAGAUAUAAAACACGACUACGUCAGUAAUGUACAUUCCCCUCUCUAGUGCGCUAUUUAAAAAUACAACUUACAAUUAACAGGCUAAUGUGAUCGCUAUCUAUCCAUCCAUUUUCUAUGCCUAUCCUAGCUGACUUCAGGCAAGAGGCGGGGUACACCCUGGACUGGUCGCCAGCCAAUCCCAGGGCACAUACAGACAAACAAUCAUUCACACUCACAUACGGACAAUUUAGAGUAGCCAAUUAACCUAACCUUUUGGAAUGUGGGAGGAAACCGGAGUACCCGGAGAAAACCCUCGCCGGGUACGAGGAGAACAUGAGAUGCCCAAGCGGAGAUUCGAACCCAGGUCUUCCCGAUCUCCUGUCUGUGUGGCCAACAUGCUAACCACUCGGCUACCAUGCGGCCCUGGUCGCUUUUUAAUCAUUGUUUAAUCGUUCAUGAAAUGCAGUAGAUUGCAGUGAAGUUAGAUAUCGGUGUUGGCUUACUAGUUAUAACUAGCGCCAACUAACAAUUCAAAAAAUGGCGAAUAUUUACAUGGAGUAGCAAAUGAUUGAAUAUAUAAUAAAACACGAGUGACGUUACUGUGAAACCCAAUAAUUAUGCGUAAUUACUUACAUUUAUAUGCUUUUUUCGGUCGCCGCGCUUCUGUCUUCUAAGCGGGUGUUGUAGCUCCACCUACCCCUUAAUUUCAAGUCUGGUCCCCAACCACACUUGGUUUCUAGGGCUGUACACCCCUUAGCCCUUAGCCCUUACCCCUUACCCCUUGGUUUAAGGAGAAUUGGGACACCACUUGAUUCUCGUGAACGCGCAAAACCUAGAGGAAGUGGAAGCGCUGCUGAGUGAGAACGAGAUGCUGCAGGGCAAACUUCACAGCCAGGAAGAAGACUUUCGACUGCAGAACAGCACACUUAUGGCUGAACUCUCCAAGUUGUGUGCGCAGAUCGAGCAGCUGGAACGGGAAAACCAGCAUCUAAAACAGGAGGGCGGGGCCACAGCCUCCCAAGGCGGCCCUAACUCCGCAUCCAGUCCUGCUGAUGAAGAGAUGCUCUGCCUCCAGGCAGAGAACGCCACCCUGCAGAAGCAAGUGCGAACCCUGCAGGAGCGCUCUGACACUGAGCAGCGGAGAGCAGAGAGUGCUGCUGCAAGGACAGAGGGAUCAGCCAAUGGAGUGUGUGACGUCGCAGGGAAAGGGGAGGGGCUAGCAGCAGCAGCAGAGGGAGCCAAUGCGAUUGCACAGCAGACAGAAGCUCAGCAGGGACAAACACAGUUACAUGGCCUGUCAGAGAAGAGCGUAGAGGAGAUUGUAGCUAAGCACUCAGCGCUAGGCUGGUCGGCUGCUCUGUGUCCAUUAACUCACUGCUUUGGGGCAGAGCUGGAGGUCUCCCUGAACAACCAACAUGAGGAGAAGAGGCUGCUGAGAGAGCAGCUGCGCCACCUGGAGGCGUCCAAACAGGCCGAAAUCUCCAAACUGCUGGACGACGUCUCUAAGCUAUCUGACAAGUUGAAAAAGAAACAAGAGAGUUUCCAGCGUCUUCAGGCGGAGAAGGAAGUUCUGUACAAUGACAGUAGGACAAAGAUUGAGGAGAUCAACCAGAGGAGAGACGAGGAAGUGAAGGCGACCAACACACGCGUCCACAAGCUUCAGUCUGACCUGACGGCAGCCAAUCAGACUCUGUCGGAGCUGAGAGAAAAGCUGCAGACAAACAGUAAAGAACACCAGCUGGCUGUAAACGCUCUCAAAGAGCAGGUAGCAAGCCAGAGUGCAGUCAGUCAGGAGCAGGUGGACAGCAUCCUGCAGGAGAAUGAUGCUCUGAGGACUAACCUAGCUGCUCUAGAACAGAUACAGACAAGCAAGAUGCAGGAGGUGAGUCUGUUGCGUGAGCAGCAGGAGGCGCGAGCGGCCGAGCUGCAGCAGAGUCAAGCGGAGCAAGAGAAGCUUCUGGCCCAGAGAGAUGAUCUUGACUCGCAGCUUCAGGAGUCCAGCUUUGCAAAUAGGAAAUUGUUGGAGCAGUUAACAGAAGAAGGACAAGAGAAGGAUAAGCUCCUGAGAGAACUGGAUGACACCAAGAAGAUAGCAGAGAAAAGGAAGACCAUACUGGAUGACAUGGCAAUACAGCUUAACCAGGAGAAGUCUGACCACAAGGAGGCGCUCUCAGACCUCAAACUGCAGCACGAGAAGGAGGUCCUUGGGGUGAGGGCUCGCUAUGAGAAAGAGCUACGAGGUCUUCAUGAGGAGAAAAAUCGCUCUGAGGAGGAGAUCCGGCAGCAGCUCAGGGACGAGAAGGCUCGUAGCAAAGACUUGGAGAGUCUUCAGAUGAAAGUGGAAGAGUUUCAUGCUCAACUUCAGUCCAUGGAAGGAACUAAAGGAUGGUUUGAGCGGCAACUAAACGAGGCCCAGGAGAACAUGGAGAAGUUGACUGCGGAACAUCAUCAAGCUAUCAAAGUUUUACAAGACCAACACACACUUGAUCUGCAGGCCAAGCAAGUUGAGGCAGAGGCAGUCCACCAGCAGCUGCUGGAGAUCCAAAAGCAAAGAGACGAACACGAUGAGGCAAUCGUCAAACUCAAACAGGAAAUCAAAGACACUGUGGAUGGACAGAGGAUUCUGGAGAAGAAAGGAAGUGCAGCGCUGAAGGACCUAAAGCGACAGUUGCAAUUGGAGAGGAAGCGAGCAGACAAACUGCAGGAGAGACUUCAAGAGAUUUUGACCAACAGCAAGACCAGAACAGGCCUGGAGGAACUAGUUCUGUCCGAGAUCAACAGUCCAAGUCGGACUCAGCAGACGGGAGACUCGUCCUCCGUCUCGUCUUUCUCCUACAGAGACAUGAUGAAGGAGAACCAGAGUGCUAAUCAGAGCAAGUCGGGAGGAGGAAGUCCUCAGUGUCAGCGGGCCACCGAGCUGUCCGAUGACGAGCUGGGAGAAUUAUUCCAGAGGCUGGCUGAGGUUCAGCAGGAGAAGUGGAUGCUGGAGGAGAAGGUGAAGCAUCUGGAAGUAAGCUGCUCGUCCAUGGCUGAGGACAUCUGCAGAAAGAGCGCCAUCAUAGAGACAUACGUCAUGGACAGCCGCAUUGAAGUGUCAGGAGGUGCUGUCGGGGGUCACGGAGGUUCUCAGUUGGACCGAGGAGGUCUGGGUUCUGUGUUGAGGGACUUGGUCAAGUCUGGAGACGAGAACGUGCGCGAGAUGAACAAGAAGCUGCAGAACAUGCUGGAAGAGCAGCUGACCAAGAACAUGCACCUGCAGAAGGACUUGGAGGUUUUGUCCCAGGAAUUAGUCCGUCUCAGUAAAGAACCCGGUCCUGAUGGGAGUUCAUCUUGCUCGGGAUGAGACUACUUCCUGACGCAUCCUUCCACAUCAUUCACCUCAGCUGAAAGACUGGGCUCAGACUAACACCUGGGACCAACUUCUUGUGAGACUUUUCAUGGUCCUUGACUACUGUCUGGAUUGUUCUUGUCCUCAUCCCAGGCUGUGUUUAAGUGCUGGAAUGUGCCCAUCCAUCCAUAGCAUGCAGGGAAUGGAAAUAAUGAAUGUACUGUAAUGAAACCAUACAUUUAUUGUUCAUCGCCACCUGGGCCUGGCCAAAGCCUGACAAAUGCAAACUGCAUUGAAAUGGAACACUUGAGCUUUCUGUGCACCUAACCCUUCUUUGCCCCCCAAGGACCCGUCCCAUCCUCCCCAACAAACCAGGAAGCCUAUUUGAGGGUGUAUCCACUCAUGCCUUCAUAGUAUGUCUAUGUCCUGGGCAUAGCUCCUACUUAACACGCUGGGACGGACUAUUUGUUGGAGAUCUGUCUCAGUCUUUUACUUAGAAUCCAAGUUGAAUGUGAGUGAAAUAUAUUUAAAUGCUAUCCUUUUAUUAUGUUUGUUUGUGACUUUUUUGUGAAUUGAAGAGAGAAAUGAAACAUCUCGUCUGUCAUAUCUGUCUAUGUCCUGCUUCCCCUGUCAGAUUAUUUAUAAAACCAGACACUACUUAACACUGUGGCCCCUGACUAUGUCUUGGGCUGCUGUCUUUUCUGGCUUCCUGUUUGAGGGCUUGGGUAUGUCCUGGCAAUCUGCUGAUUGUUUGUGAAGUUAGAUGCUCUCUGCAGGAGUGGGAUUUGUCUGAUGUGGUGGGCCGGAACCCCCCCCCUCCUCCCACCAACACAAAACAAUGUGAUCUGACUGGCUGAUCAACUUAAGAAAAUGUUGCUAUUAAUAAUAUUUAAAAAAAACUAGGAUGUAAGGAGAUGCUUUUUAUCGUGAAGCCAAAUAAACAUCCUGAAAUGAA